UCUUAUAAUACAUCCAUUUUUAAUAAAAUUGGGCAUGAGAUCCUAAAUUGUGCUGCAAUCCCACUGCGGCAGCUAUCACUUCAAUGGAAGUCACUACUUCUUCGGAAGCCCAACGCGGCGAUUAAUCUCGAGCUCAGCGUGCACCAGAGAAAAGCACGCGGCUUUACCUCCUCCUCCUCCUUUUUCUGUAAGUCUCCGUCGUUGAUUAGGGAUGCUAAUACUUUCCCUUUCAAUCCAGAGAACUGUGUUUGUGACAGCUGCAACUUUACGAAAGUCAGGUAUUCGAGAAUGGUGAAGAUGGAGUAUUAUUGCAUUCUUCCUAAGAGCUCGCUUCCAUUUAGUUUAUGGUCAGAACCGCGAAGUUCAAGGUUUCAAAAUGAUUUGCCUCCCAACCUUCCACAAAAUUGUAAAUGUACUGGCAUAAUAUAUUCCAUGACCUCUAGAGCCCGCUGGUGUUCACCUAUGACAUCCUUUACAGCAUCCAAUAGUUUGAAUCACGGGGCUUCAUCAUGGUCAGAAGAUCACUUGAGCAAUGGCAAUAUUGUUUCAGAAGGUGCAUCUGAAAAAGAUCUUCCGCAGAAGUUGGGGACUGAUGAGUUAAAAUCCCUGCUGCUUGACUCAGAAAGAAGUAAGCUUUUAAAGAAACUUAGUGAAGCAAAUCAAUACAACAGAUUCCUUAAACGACAGUUGCAGAUAAAGGAUGAUGUUCUAGUCAGCCUAAACAAUGAAGUUGCUCUAUUGGAACUUGAAUCUCAGGCUUUGGUCAAUCUAGCAGAAGAGGUAGCUAAUUCUGUUGUGCAGCCUGGUUCAAGGAAGAUCAAUGGAAAAUACAUCCAAUCCCAUCUUCUCUCUAGAUUACAAGCUGUUCACGAAAGGUUGAAGGAGAAAAUAAAGGAUGCCAACUCACUAAAAUUUGAAGAAGUUACCUUGGUUUGGAUUGGAAUGGCUGAGAGUGUGCAAGUAAUGGGUUCAUUUGAUGGUUGGAGUCAAGGAGAGGAAAUGUCACCAGAGUAUAGUGGCAAUUAUUCCAGAUUUUCUGCUACUCUUAAACUUAGACCUGGAAGGUAUGAAGUCAAAUUCUUGGUUGAUGGAGAAUGGCUUCUAUCACCAGAAUUGCCUACUGUAGGAGAGGGAAUGUUAAAAAACAACCUCUUGAUUGUAGAGUAGCUUCAAUGGUAAAUUCUUUUUUCCACAAAGGUAUUAACUACACUACCCUUGUCUGUAAUCGUAAUUACAAAGUCCUCAGUCAUGUCCAGUAACCAAAUUAUGAGAAAUUUUUUAUCAGAACUUUAAACUCUAAUUACAUUUGUAUGGUUGUGAGCAUGACAUUCCUCGAGCAAAAUUUGAGCGAAUUGAGCCUAAGCUAUAGUCUAGCUUAAGUUUAUAUCAAUUGAAAUUGAAAGUAUCUCCAUCAAC